UUAUAUUUGGAGCGGCCUUUUUGAUUUUUGAAUGAAGAAGAAGAACGAAAUAUGACAAAAAUGAACAUAUUCCACAAUGGUUAACAAGAUAUAACGUAUAAAUUAUACAUUAUUUCCAAUAGCUGAUUCAAAUUUUACUGUUAGCAUAGACUUAAACAUGAAAAAGAGAAGCACAUCAAACAGUAAACUGACAAGAAAGUCAUCAGUUAGUAGAAGGAAAUCUGUGACUCCUUCAUCAAUAACCAGUGACAAACAAGUGGAUACUAACUAUGUUUCAAAUGAUACAACUUCCACAGUUCAGAUUCAUACUGCAUACUCACGUUGUAACAAAAGUGAUGCAUCAUCCACUGACAUUUCUGUCAAGCCAUCAACAACUGUUCUUAAUACUGAGAAUUAUAAUGUAUCCUCUCCUGCAUCAUUUACAAGUGAUAAUUUUAACAUUGAUCUAAGAAGUCCAAGAAGUCGUAAAUUAAGCAGAGCCAACACACAAACAACUGAUGUUAGAACACCAGAGACCUCUCCAUUUGUUAACAGUGAAGUUUUCAUGCCAUUAUCAGUGGAUACACCCCCAACUGCCUCACUCAUUACAGCUAAUGAUGAUGAUGAUGAUCUACCUGCUACUCAAAUGCUGGAUAACAGAGUAUUGAAAAAUGUAAUAGCCUAUGUAGAGGUGAGAUCCACUAAUGACAACAGAAGUGAUGCUAUUCGUAAAGAAUUAGAACACUUAGGAGCCACAGUGACAAAGAAAUUCACAGAGGAUGUCACCCAUGUUAUCUUCAAAGAAGGCAGCAAGAGAACAAAAACCAAAGCUGCUAAAAAUAAAUGUCAUCUGGUGUCAGUCCUCUGGGUAGACAGUUGCAAGCAGUACCAAGAACAUGUAUCUGAAAGACUUUACCCAGCUGUACUUCCUACCACUAACAAAGGAACACCUCUUUUUCUGGCAAAACUGAAGAAAGCUAAGUCGAUGCAGCCUAGUAACUUUGACGAAGAAGUGGCAAACAGUGCUGAAAGAUGCAACAAAAGAAAAAAACAGUUGGUGGAGAAAUUACAGUCUUCAGAAUGUACACCACAAAAUUCUCCUAACCUUGGUAGAAUACUAGUUCAAGAAACACAACCAAGAACUCCAAUUGAUAUCAAUACUCCAAUAAGACUGUUGAUUCCUGACACUCCACCAAGUAUGAGAGAGAAGAUGAAGCAAAUUAUGGCGAAGGAAUCAGAUACACCAGAGAGAGAGAUGGAGGAGGAAGAACCAUUACAGAGAAGAUUAUUUACUGGAGUUCAAAAUGUCAGCUUUGAAUCCAAUGAUGUGGAUCAUCUUAUGGAUGGUUUAAAUGAUGAAAUCAAAAAAUGUAUAGACAAUAUGCCUGAAUCCCCAAUACCACCUACCUCAUUAGAUAAACCAGUAUCUAGUCCAUCUAAUAACAAGGAUAAACCUAGUCAUUUGUCAGCAUUAACUUCUGAUCUUAAUCCAGAAAAAAAAUCUCCCAAAUCAAAAAAACGUCGGAAAUCUAUGGCGGUUGUAAAGUUUGCAGAGGAUGAAGUGAAAGCCAAAAGAACAUCAAACAGGAGAAAAUCUGUUGCUAUAUUUACACCAUCUAAAAUUGUGGAUAAAGAUUCGAGGCAGGAUGAAAUCCUUAUAAAACAGCCUUCAUCAAAAAUUUUGAAAGGAAAAAUGAUUGAAGUGUCUCCCUUGGCACAACAAUCAGAUAUUUCUUCUGUGGAAAUAUCUAAUGUUAAUAAUAAUGCAGACAACAAUGUGUCACAGAAAAGAAAAUCAGUCAGCAGACGUAAAUCUAUGGUGACCAGCAAGAAAUUACUCGAUAAUUCUGAAAUAGAACACCGAAAUUCUGUAGAAAAUUCUUCUGUGGAAUUAACUAAUGUUAAUAAUAAUGCAGAUAAUAAAAAUGUGUCACAGAAAAGAAAAUCAGUUAGCAGAUGUAAAUCUAUGGUGACCAGCAAGAAGUUACUUGAUAAUACUGCAAUAGAAAAUAAAAGUUCUGUAGAUAAGUCUGAAGAUAAAAAGACAUCAACUAAUGAAACUAACCUUACUGUGGAAAGAGACAGUGAUACAUGUGAUCAACAGGAAAAAGUUGUGGCUGGAAAAUUUGUAAUAUCAGUUGAUGCAGGAAAUAAUGUUAUAUCAGUGGAUUCAGUUAAACCACAGUCAUUAGUUGAAGUUUCUUCAAGUAUAGAUAUAGACAAUACAACAAGUCAGUCAGUUCGGAAAAAGGGACCCCAGAGAACAAUCAGUAAGAAAAAAUUACUUCCCCUAUCUGAUUUGGAUCCAGAUUUACCUCUUCUGUCAAAAACACCAGAUGGUUAUACACCUACCAGGAAACGUCAAUGGGCAUCUUGUAGUGGACUAGAAUCUAAUAUUUCUGCAUUGUUUCCUACUCAAUCACCGAAAAGGAAACAACCACGUAAAGGAAGUCUUUCAGAGAAAAAGUCAAGUCAAGAAAGUCAUCCAAGUGCCUCUGGUAGUAACAAUAUUGUAAUGCCAGAUGAAUUGACAUUACAAGAAACAACAAUCAAUUCUAGUACAGCUACACAGAAUGAUAACUCAAUGUCUUUAGCAUAUGGUGACUCAAUACUAAGUUCUCAAUCUAGUAGAUAUGCCCCCAGGCCAAGUAUUGAUGAGUUUAACUUAGCAAGAGGGAUUAAACACAUGAGAAGACCAAGGCCCGUAUCAACAUCUUCUUACAGGAAAUCAGACAGUGACAGUAGUGAUAAUAGUCUACCAAAGAAGAUAUACAGAAGAAGUCCUCCUACAAGACCAUCUCUUGUCAUGACAAGUCUUCAUGCUGAAGAACAGGAUCUUAUAAUAUCUGUUGUGAAGAGAUUAGGACACUUUGUGAUCUCUGACAAUGUAACAGAGACAACAACACACUUGAUAUGUGGUGGACCUCGGAGAACAUUAAAUGUGCUGUAUGGUAUAAUGAGGGGGAUAAUGAUUGUUCAUAAGCAAUGGGUGUUAUCAUCAUUAGAAGCGCAAUCAUGGUUACCAGGGGAUGAUUAUGAAGCAACUGAUUAUUUCCCAGUUGCAAAGGUCACAAGAGAAGGCAGAUAUCUUCAAAAAGAAAAUUAUAGAUCCCUGUCCCUCCAUGAAGUGGGUACAAUUUAUCUGGCACAGAAAACAAGUCCUCCAAGACAUCAUCUUCUCAAUCUGCUGAAAUUAUGUGGUGCUAGGAUUACCAACAGCCAAAACAAAGCCAGUAUUUAUUUGGGACAUGAGUUUUUGCCAGAUAAGAUAUGUGUGAAUCCUGUUUGGGUCUUAGAUUGCAUAACACAGCAGCAGCUAUUAAAUGUUGACAGAUAUUUACUUGGUAGACCAAAAAGAGAAAGCAGUCCAGAAUUCUAACAAUGCAAAAGUUGACUAGAUUAUAACAUAUAUAAAACAUAAGUGAUCAUGAUAUAGUUGUACAAUAUAUUUAUCUUAAAACAAGGAAGAAUAACAUUUCUUGUCAAGUGUGUUUGUUUUCUAUAUGAAUUUGAUCAAGGGCUUCAAGGGCACUGGAUAUGUCAUAUUUGCAAGUAAUGUUUCAAAAGUUGAAUAUAUUUAACAUUCAGAAAAAUUCUUAAUUUAAUCAAAACAUCUUAUAAAGUGGUCCAUUGAUUAUUUUUCAUCAGCAAUUCAGUUUAUGAAUUGGCCAGCUAUGUGAAUGCAUGUCUUAUAAUAAAACUGAAUUGUUUGAUAUUUCUGAGUACACACAGUUUUGCUUCUUACUUUAAAACAAUUUGCUUGAAGAUUGAUAGAAUUAAUCAAUAGUAGACCAACAAUCUGGAAACUGUGUUAGUUUAUACUUGGCUUAUACACUCUAUUAUAUGUGCAGUUUCUUAAUUUUGUUCUUUACUUCUUACACUAACCCUCAUGUUUGUAGAUGUCUCUUACUUUCCUCUGUUUUCCUUAGAAGAAAAUUGACUUCCCCUAAGAAUACUUUAAGAUCUGAUUUCCAUGACUUGAAAAUAUAAAAUAUCAUUGCAUACAUUUUUUAACCUAAUGUCUGUAGCGAAUAUAGCUGUAAAGAAUUAUCAAGUCUUCUGAUUUGAUUUGAAGAUCUAAGUUAUUAUAUUUUAUUUAAAAAAAAUGUUAAAAUUUUGCUAUUUAUUUAUUCUUUCUACUUAUUAGUAGAUCAUAAUGUUUUUAAUGUAUGCAUGAGGAAUAAGUUAAUUAUUAAGUGUUUAAUUUGUAUGCCUCGCCUACAAAAGUAGAGGAACAUUAUAUUAUCUGUGUAAAUAUAAGUCUGCCUGUCCUGUAUCAAGUUUCAGUUUAGGGUAGUUUGCGGCAAUAUGUGCCAAAUUAGGGUUAUGACCAAGAUUAAACAGUCCACUGAAAAAAAUUAGGGUUUUUAACCAAUAUUUCAUGUUGCAAUUGUAUGAAAAUUUCAAAUGCGCAAGCAGGUCAUGAUGUCCUACGGUCUCAAAUUCUUGUUAUUUUCAUUAAAAAAAUCCCAAAACUGAAUCAUUGGUAAAGUAUUGCAAAUAGGAAUAAGGAUGUACUCAAUUUUCUGCAAUUCAAAACUCAAAAUCUGUGAAAUUUUACAUACUUUUAGAAAUGAAGGAUAUUUUUUAAUUUUUCUUGCCAACAUAUAGUUUAGAAAAGUCAGAAUAGUAACAAAAUCUAUAUUGAAAUUUUUGUCAGCUUUGUAUAUCUGGAUUAAAGAAGCAUAUUCAAUAGCAGAUGAAUACAUGUGUAAAGAUUUGUGUUCAGUUUUUAUGCUAUUCCAGAAUUUGCGUGUGUGUCAAUAUAUAUAUUGCAUGGAAUGUUUGUAUAAGUAAUUUAAGAAGUUGUAACUGAAUUCAUAAAUGCAUGACUUGACUGUUAAUCUUUUUUAUAUAACUACAUGUAUAUUUUUUAAUACAGAAGUUAAGAGAUUUCACACUAGACUACAUGUUUCAAUACUAUCAAUACUAAACAUAUUAUCAGACUAAUCAUCUCAUACAAAUACUGGAGAAGACAUAACUAAGUUGUAAAAUUACUGUCUGAUCAAUUUGUUAUUUUGAACUUUAAACUAUACAAAUACUGGAAAUGCAAUGAAAAUGAAUACCUGAUAGACAUAAUAUGUAAUCACACAUUGGUAAUACAUGUAUAAUGCAAAUAGGGACUCAAAAACAGAAAGGUUAAAAAUGUAAAUUAUUUUCUGUUUUUAUUAAAUAUACAGUUUAUAAGUAUUUUGUGAUGUAUAAUAAAUGUAUUAAAAUUGCUAUAUAUAUUAAAAAGCCAGGUGCAAUAGUUAUUUCUUAUUUGCAAUCUACUCUGACAGCAUAAACCAUUUAAAUGAAGCACACAAAAUAUGAAUUUAUCACAGAUGUAUGUCAGUCAAGUUCAUAAAAAAUAGCAUUAAAUUAAGGAAUGAAUUAAAAAUAAAUUUUUCAAAUAUAUUUGUACAGAGUCAAUCAAAAGGAUGUUAAUUUUGACCUUUAUAACUAUGUAUUUGUUAUUAUGAAUUAAAACUGUUAACAAAUGGACUGCAUUGCAAUCUCCAAUGAACAAGUGUUUGGUGAUCAAUAAAUGAAUUCACUCAUA